AUACCGCGUGACUGCGCACGCAUGAUUCGAAUAUUUUCCACGGGAACGAGUACGUGCGCGCACCCGUAUUCUUUGUGUGGAAGCGUAGAGAAGCGCCAAAAGAGUGGCCAUGGCUGAUGAAAAACCAAAGGAAUCAGUCAAGACAGAAAACAACGAACACAUAAACCUGAAGGUAGCGGGUCAGGAUGGAUCUAUAGUGCAGUUCAAGAUCAAAAGACACACGCAGCUCAUCAAACUCAUGAAGGCCUACUGCGACAGACAGGGACUUUCAAUGAGGCAAAUCAGGUUCAGAUUUGAUGGGCAGCCAAUAAAUGAGACGGAUACACCAUCUCAGUUGGAAAUGGAAGAUGAAGAUACAAUUGACGUUUUUCAACAACAGACUGGAGGACUCAUUUAAUCAACUGCAUGCUUCGCUAUUUUCCUUUCUAAACACUAUCAGCCUUCCCGGCCUGUGAUAAACAGUGGGCCGCUUCUUCUCGUCUCAACAGAUUUCUGUGCAGAAGAGUUGGUUCUUUCUCUGCAGCACACACACACACACACACAAAUGCUGGAUAGUAUUUUCAUUAUCGCCAUAGUUGCUGUUCUGAUUUUUGUACAUAGACCACACCCAGGGUUUGUUUGUCCACGCUUUGUUGUGGUGGAUGUUAAGGACUUGCUCUUGAAGGGCUGCAGCGAGGCUUAACUGAGCGAAUGUUGUUGGUCUUGGCUUGGUAAGUGUCCAGAGUAUCUGUUCUUAAAAUGCAUUUUAAUCCUUUAGCGAACAGCGUACCCACUUUGGGAAUGGGGCUACAUUCUCAUUUGGUUUCUGUUAGAAGAAAGAAGACUAUUUGAUUUUAUAAAUGUUCAUUAAGUAGAGGAUGCGUAAAGAAAUGUUUCAUUAAUACUUUGACGUUGAAGUGAUGUUGGGCUAUUUUUCUUCCAUAACGUGUCUUUGCUGAAGCUUGUGGAAACCUAAAAAAAAAACAUUUAGCAUUUUUACACUGUUUAUUUGGGAUUCCUCAAAUCCUCAAAAGUUAGCAAAAGCUAAGGUCUCCUUUGCAUAUUUAAACCGUAACAUUGUAAUAAUGUUUUAACCUAUUAACCUGUAUUGUCUUUAAGAUGUAAGGAAUUGUACAAUACAUGUCUUUAAAGGCAGUCUUCUUUAAAUUAGUUUUUUCCUCAUUGAGUGAAACAUAAAUCUCCACCUCAGGAUCACUUACUGACCUCAAAGUUGCCACUUCCAUUCCUAUUGGUUUUUUCAACAGAGAUGACAGUAUUUUCUGAUUUAUAGAGGGAUGCAAAGGGAUAUCAAAAUGUCCCUUUGUAAAAACCUUGAACUCUAACAUGUCUGGAGGAAAAGAUUCUUGUUUUAUUUUGUAAUAUUCAAACUUCUCUCCAGGAAAUGUAAGCAAAUGAUUACAUAUUUAUUAUAAUACUGCCUCAUUUGCAUAUAAAAAAACGAAUGUUCUGGAAAACUUGUAAUGCAAAGAAAUGAUUGCCUUAAUAUAAAUAAUCAACUGUUUCCUGAUGAUAUUAGUCACACAUUUUACCGUAUUAACCUGGGGUUUCUCCCCUUUAAGGCAUAUGUGUAUUGUCUAUUGAGAUGCUUAUUCAAAUAAAGCUAUUGUCUU